AAAAAAUCCUCUUACAGGCUUGCAGCCUUCAUCAGCGUAUUUUGACGAUGAACUGCCUAUUCCGAUUUCGUUAGUUGCCCCACAAAAGCGGCCCCUCCCUUAAAAACAUGAUCAUGUGACGCGUCAGAUUUAUUAUUUUUUUAUUGCCACAGUUGCACCAUGAUUGAAAGAUAGAAUAAUUGCCAUUAAUUUUUAGUUGAAAUGGUUGGAUUAAAAGGCCAGUUCUUAAAUGCCUUCCUCAGCGCUAAUAUUCAACUGGCUGGCUGGGCAACUCUCCUUGAUAAAGAGUAAUCCGGGCCGAUAUUCUUUUGGUUUGAUGUUGCGUAUUUCUGUUUUUCCUUCUCUCCCUUUUUGAAACAAAGUUGAUUAGAAACUUGAUGUUGAUGACUAAAGUAACUAAACCGCGGUAGAAAUUAUCGAAACGUCGCGUCAUUAAAUUCACUAAAGUGAUUGGGUUUCUUGUCCUGCGCCACGUAGUUAUCUUUCGAAUACAUCCGCGGCCGCCGACGGUUUUCGCUUGAAACUAAUAACUCUUAGUAGAGUUACUUUCGAAAGUGUCGUUGAACAGUGGCCAGCGAGCCAUCCAAUUGGAACGAAAACUCUUCAGGCAACCACAAGAAAUCAGAUAAGAAGCACACUGUCUAGAUGAAGGCAUCAACUAUUGGAGAUUUGGUUUAGUUUCUUACCUAUGACACUACAAUAGGUCAUGAACGGUAAUGAAUAGAGUGGAUACGUACCAUAGAUUUGAUUGGAAACUUGGUUCUCCCUUAAAGGGUUGAACAGUUGUAUUUAAGUACAAGGAGAAUUUGGAUAUUGAUAGUUUGCCGUAAACGCAUGUUAUUUUGUGUAAUAAGCGUGAAUUGUCGUGAAUAGGACACCAUGUUACACGACAGGUCACCAGCAACCAGCUGUUGAUCCUUUAAUAUAGCGCCUUGGAAUACGGGCUAACACAUGUGAAUUACCAAUCUUUUCAACAAGAAACGAAACUAUAUUUAACACAAACCAGAAAAUGAAUCAUUGAUUUAUUCCAAGAAAGGGAAAUAAGGGAAUUAGGAUGUGGUCAAAUUAAACGGAAAUCUGUAUUGUUAUUUUGUCUAAGUAACACAUGGCAAAGGAAUCUCAUUGGAUAUCUCUCAAGAACACUAUGUUCAGUACGUCUGUGGCGGUGUUCUUAACAUCACUAGCUCUGCUUUUGGUAACAGAAUCAAAUGCCGCUAAAAUAAAGACGUACCAUGAUAAACGCCAAAUCUCUACCUUGGUACCAUAUCAGCCCCCUCAGAUUACAUCUCUGAACGGACGUCCACCAAGAGGACCCUACAUGCAGCUUUCAAGUUAUCAUUACAAUACAGCAUAUAAAAAUAUUGCUCAAAUUCCACGAGCUAAGCCCAAAUUGGCACUUCCUGGCUCACAGUAUUCAAAAGUGUUUAAAGCUCAGCCUCAGAGACAGUACGUCUCUUAUUAUUAUCCUCACCGGACUCACUACAGGGACUGGUCUCGGAAACUUCUUGAAGCUAGUGCGUUUGCGCGAAAGCUACAGGACAGUAGAAAACAAACCCUACUGUGGCAGAAACAGAGAAUGGAUCCGAGUAGUGCAGGGAUCAAGUUGUUUGUUGCGGGCGUUAAUUCCAAUGGAAAAGUCCUGCAACAGUUGGCUCACCAAGGGAAAGUUCAAAACACAAACGGAAAUUUUGUAACUAAUAAACCCUUAAAACAAAACCUUGCUGAAAAUAUUCCAAAUGGUCAACUUUCCGGCGCAACACGACCCAUGCAGCAAAGUCCAUCACCAGUUACUACUGCAAAUACGAAUAACAAACCGCAGAGUGGUACUGCUUUUGUUACAAGUCAUCCAGUGAUUCCAGCAAGUCCACCCUUACAAAGUCAAAAUGCAGAGACGAACACAAAAGCUAAUGAAAUGUCUCCUCGUACGCAGUCAGGAAGGAAGACAGUUGGACAUGACAUGAAUGCAAAUCUUCAGUCGCAACCAGGACUUAAAUUCUCCUUCAACAAAGAACCCAGUACCAAUUCAAAUGGCGCAAUUUUGAGUGACAAGUUCGAAGGUGCUGCUUUGGGACCGAAAGCGCAUUCAUUACUUCAACCGAUUCCCAGCUUGCAGUCGAGCCAAAGCGGCAACCUGCCACAUUUCCAGGCCAACGAGAACAAACAGCCUAACGUGAGCCACACUUCUCUGGAGUCAGGAAUCAACGUAAGUAAUGGGUCCCCAACUAAUGAUUACACCUUGAUGCAAGGAGAACAAAGGAAUGCUCCAACUGGAAAAGAUCAGAAUCAACUGAUUAACAAAGGUCCAGAAAAUCUACUGGGAAAUUCACCUUCAAUACUCCAAGACAACUCACAUCCGCAGACGAGUGCUUCGGAUAAACCCGUGUUGGGAGGAAGUCAAGUAUCGUCGAAUAUCCAGGAGAUGAAAAGCGUGCAAGCUUCGACAAGCCCCACUUCAAAUUCUGCUAAUUUUGAUAAAGUUACUGCUCAAGAGGUUAAGGGUGGUCUGGUGUCUGUCUCAGCUUCCGCACCGUCAUCUCAGGCACUGGUCACACAACCGUCUGGUCUAAGAGUCGCACCAAACAGCAAGAACUCCUUCUUCAGUAAUGACUUACCUGGAGGUUUAAGUCAUGACCCGCAAACACAAUUGGACAAAGAGUUGGCUUUGAAGAACCUUCUGUUUCCACCACCUGCUGCAUCGAAAAAUCAAGCCUAUAGUACAAAUCCUGUUGUCCUUUCAAAUUCUGCUCAAUUUCAACAGCCACAGCAGGGUCCCCGCGCGCAAGUUGACAACAUGAUACCUACUUUCCCAGCCUUCCGCUAUGAUCGAAGACAUAACAUUCCACAAUCCCCUUCACGCAUUGAUAAGAAGUCGUUUGUUCCGCAAACUAACAAGGUUCCUUAUAAGGGUUCGUUUCCUCUUAUGUUGCACAAGUUUUCACCCUACUUCAAGAUGAAACGAAAUCUCAAACAAGUGGCGAGUGAAAAGGCCAAGGCCAGAAGGCGACUUCUUGAACUGCAACCUAUCAAAUGAUAUCUGUGAGCCACCAUGUUGGGAUAGUAUCCUGGAUGGACUCGCAGUUUGGUUUAGAAGGAAAGGGAAGCUCAGGGCAAACUCUUGUGCUCCGCCAAAUGUAUUCAUAUGUAUACUGGACUUGCUACUGCCGUUUCUGAAAGGCGUUCUACUACACCGAUAAAUAUUUUUGUGACACUAAGCGAAAUAGUUGAUACCCAGACUGGUAUUCAAUAGUAAUGGUAAAUAUAGAAGUUAGAGGUAUAAAUAUGAGAAGCAAAAAAUGAAUAGAUUAGUUAUCGCGGGAAGCAAUAUAAGGCUUCAUACGGUACACAAGUUAUAGAAUUGGAAGUGUUCGCGCCACAAUCUCAAAAUAGUCACUGAACUCGUUAUUCCGAAACAUGUACACCAUAUAACUCUUCCGCAGAUCGUCUUCGCAAUGAUUCUGCUUUGGGAUAGUUUCAUUAGAGUGUUUUUUGAAGGAGUGUCGUAAAACCAAAACCAAAGUAAUCACAACGGCCAAUCAGAAGACGGGAAUUGCCUUUAAGAGCCAAUGAGAACUCAGAGUAAAAACGACCAAACUGCCUAAAGCGCGGGAAAACGCGAGAAAACGCCGGCGACCAAGUGGUGAUUGGUUUUAGUUUUGCAUCUGAUUGGUUGAGAAACGUAAGGAAGCGACAGAGGUAGCAUUUACAGUCACAAGUCGCCAGGACUGAUCAUAGUUAAGUUUUCGAAACGUUCUUAUGUCAUUUUACACAAACGGAUGGAAACAAACAAAAAAAUACGCUUCAACAUUCUGUAAGUACAAGGAGCAUAAACAGGAUCGAAGAGAUUUUAAACGUCCUUAACUAACAGCUUUGAUUGAACUUGAAAAGUGUAAUUAGAAUAAACAGUUUAAUGAAUGUGUAAAUAAAUACUUUUUCGUUACAUA